AUGGAGGAGGCCCUACGGCAGGUCCGGCCACGACAGAAGCGAGCAACACGGCCGUGCAGCCUCCGCGACGUCCCGCCACGCAAGCGAAGCCGGACACUGGCCGACGGCUUCUCCCAGCCGGACGCGGGCGACGGCGGCGAGACCGGCUCGCCGUCGUUCCGCGACGACCUUCAUCUUCCUCGCGACGCCGAAGAAGAAGCUAAACCCAACAGAAAGCGAAACCGAACCAAGAAGAACAAGAACAAGGACAUCAACAUCAACGUCAACGACAAACACAUCGAUGACGGCACCACCACUACGUCGGCCGCGCUGGUGGUCCACCCACCGCAGCUGGUGGCGAUCGAACAGAAGUUCGACCUCGUGACCCAGCUGCUACACACGAUGGCGGGCGAGAUGAAGCAGAUGCGACACACCCACGACGCCCUGUUCGUCGAGCUGCGCCAGACGCAGGACCAGCUGCGCAGCACCGACGCGGUGGUCGCGGAACUGCUGCGCCGCGAGCAGAAGCGCGCCGACGACAAGCAGCGCCGAAGCGCCGAGAAAGAGCGGAAGAAGCACGCCCAGACGCAGACGCAGACGCAGACGCAGACGUCGGUGUUGGUGUCAACCACUUCGUCGUCGUCACCCAUCUCGUCGCCCUCGUUGGCGCUGGGACCCGGGCCGCGCUCGUCGUUCUCGUUCGAGCUGUCGAUGCUCCAGUCGGGCGUGUCGCCGGCCGUGGUGCUCGAGGCGCGGCAGCAGCUGCCCUGGCUGUGCCACUACGACAUCUCGCCCAACCGCUUUGCCAUCCUCGACUUCACUCGUCCGGUGUAUGUGUGCGAGAAGCUGUCCAGCCUGGAGGUGCCCUCGUUCAUCUCCUACGUCAACGCAGCGUUCGUCCGUAUGAGCCAGUACUCCUGGUCGGAGCUCAUCGGGAUGCCCUUUUCCAAGAUCUUCACCGGACACGAGCGUUACCUGUCGCAAUUUGCCGCACUACUCUACAACCAGCCGCCGAUGACGCCGGGCAUCGUCUUCUCCUACAGCCCGCUCAUGCGCCGCAAGGACGGGCAACUGAUCAGACUCAAAGACCGGAGCCAGGCCUUCUACAACCACCACGGCCAGGCGCAGUACAGUGUAAAGUGCAUAGUGGGGUGGGAGGAGAGCAGCCUGCGCGAGGGCGAGGGCUUCGACCGGUGGGUGCCGCCGCGGCCCCGGGUCGACGCGCCGCCGCUGGGCGACUCGGCCGCCGGCCCCGGGUCCGCCGGCGACGAUUCGAGUCCCAUCGACAACGCCACCCUCGUCCUCGAAGACGAGAUCUUGCCGCGACCAAAGGCCGGCGGCGGCAUCACCUUGAUCCCCUCCACCACCUAUCCCCCAGCCCUCUCGUCGUCAUCGUCGUUACUACCGUCGUCGUCGUCACCACCACCACCAUCGUCGUCGUUGUCUCCAUCACGAGCGCCACCGCUGCCGACCCUCGGCCGACCAGUGCUUCGACUACACCAGCACCAGCCUGCGCCCCAGCAUCAGCAGCACCCGCAACCACACCCGCAGCACACACAGCAGCAACAGCAGCAGCAGCAGCAGUUCAGGAUGGGCACGCCCCACGUGUGGCCAUGA